GAAGCCACCAUUUGAUGACCCCAAAACCGUUAUAUAUAAUUUCACCAUUGUCUUUCUCCCGGAUUAAUUUUUUCUCUUCUUGCUUUUCUUUAUUUCUCAAACACUGCGGUUGCGUGUGGGCCUCUUCUAUCUUAUUAGUGCGCGGUUGAUCGUCCACCGUUUUCCGACCGAUCGUCGGCCGACGAAGGCACCGUCCCUUUUACGGUAUAAUAAUCAUAUCCGCUCCCGACCGAUGAUCAUCGUCUGAUUUAUUGAAGGGGUUCGUAAAUAUCGAUGAUAUUUUUUUUUCCAUUGCAAAAUUUUUUUUUUUUGAAUAAUUGCUGUAUCUUUACUCUGAUUAUGAUGGCUUAGUAUAAUUUUCUUUUUGUUUAUGCUCUGGUAUAGUUUGUAACUCCAUUUUUCUUGGGUUUUAUGAGAUGUGCAUCGGCCACGUAUUCUAUAACUCAAUUUAAAAUCAUUACUUAUGCACUUCUUUUUCUUUCUUUUUUUUUUAAAAGAAAGUUUAAAUUUUUUGGAGAAAUGAUAUGUUGUAAGUAGUCGAAAUGAUCAUCUGUGUUGCGUUACUUGUUCCUUGUCAGCAUGUAUUACCCAGUCCCAUUUGAUGUCUUGUUUUCUUUCCACAAUGAUUUAGUUAGAUUUUAAUCGAGAAAAAGAAAUCUGUGAGUUUUCAAUAAACUUGUUGACAGUUCCAGUGCGGCCUUGCCUGCAAUAUUCCAUUAUGGCAAUAGGAUGGAUAUCUUCACAUUUUCAAAAAAUCUGAUGUCUCGAAGCUUCUUUGUGCACUUUCUGUUUCAUUUAUGAACUUUGCAAUGGUAGCCACUUCUCUCGAGCUAGAAUCCUUGUAGCAUUUGUUUGAAAGAAAAGAUAUGGAUACCCUGUUCUGGAAAUUAUAGGAACCAUAUUGCUGGUGAUUCUUACAUACUUUUGAAGAACUACAGAAUGAUUUUUGUAAAGUUAUUGUAGAUUUUUGGUUGUAUGAUAUCUGUUCUAUUUAAUACAUUUUUUAGUAGUUUGAAAUUAUGUCUUUUCCUUAAGGAAUUAUACCCACCUGAAAAUAAAACAUGUAAGAUUGGUUGAGAGAACUUAUCGAUAUAGCAGCACUGAGUAUUGCAGCAGCUAAAUGUCAAUCUUGGUUUUGCAUGUAAAUGGUUUUUCAUGAAUCAGUAACCAGCUGGAGUGAUCUAAUUUUUGUUCGGUCUGUUAAACUUGUUUCUCACUUAAUAAUGAGUGCCGUACCUGUUGUUCUUUCUGUGGGUUGUAGAUAAUUGGUUGUCUAAGACCGGUAGUCUGCAAAGCUUUCAAGAGUUUCCCACACCGGUGGAUUGCAUUGGUUUCUGUAAUAAUAAUGAAUUUUACAUGUCACCUUUCUGUAUCAUUUUCCAGCAAAUGAUGUUUCCCUCAAAAUGUUCCAGACUGGGAAAUUCUUUUCCGGAUAACUGCAUAUUGUUGCUUCUUGAAUUUAGUAAUUCCUAUCUGAAUUCAGACUUUUUGUACUAUUUUCUCCAGUAUCUUAUAGUAAUAACGAUGAGUCAUUCGUGAUUUUAAUCUGACCAUUUGUUGCAUAUGUAAUUCACUUAUUACUAUCAUGAUUUCAGACUUUUAGACUGUCCUUUGCAGUAUUUCAUAGUAGUAAAGAGUGAUAUAGAUUAUUAGAAAUUAUUGCAAUAUCAUUGUCUAGGUGUCCGGUCCUCUACCUUUUCUCAGUAUUUAUAAUUGAGGAGGGUGAUUUUUACUAGUCAAUAAAAUUAAUAUUUUUAAAGACCUGUAACUACUCUGCGUCGGUCAGCUUGGGUACUUCCGACUGGCUUGGAUCUACCCUGUUAGGUAGCCAGUAUAUUUUUCCUAAGAAUAAAGGCAGCUGUACUUUCUGAGAUUUGCGGAUUUCUAUGUAUUACCUUCAAAACAAUAGGGUUUAGAUUGUUAUUGGCUUGUGAUGCAGAUGGCUAUUAUGUAAAUGGAGAUGUGGCCCUUGUCAUUGUUUGUGGAUUCUGUCAAUAAAUGACCCUAAUAGUUUGGGAUUAGGGUUUCUCAAGUUGAUUUCUGCUGGAGGUUUCGAGGGCAAUGUUUUUGGUUAGUUUAUCACCUUUGUGUUUUGAGUUGUGAAAAUAUGUUAGUUGGAAGGCAUUUCAUUGGACUAGGACUUGUACAGGUGAGGUGUCUUUGCACUUGGAGCCUUUUUCAUUGUUUUGCUUUCAUGUCUCUGAAUUCAUAUCAUGACCAAGUGAGGUAUCUUUGCUUCCCCCUAGGGAAUUAAUUUUCUGAAACAAACUACCCUGUUCUUUUCCUUAAUCAUCACUUAGGAUCUCUCUGGUUUGGUAGAAUCGCAUGAUUUUCUGGUUUAGUAUAAUUCUAGCCAAUGCACUUUCUUAAGGAAGAUCUGGACUUUCAAAAGCAAUUAGACAAUUGUAGGAAAUAAGUUUGGUGAUAGCUAGUUAGAUUGCUGACUAUAGAAUUUGAAUCACAAAUGGUAUUGCAGGCACUUCUGAUCAAUGUUGAAGGCACUUGAAUGGAUUUAUGAUAUCUGGUGUACUUCCAAGAUUCAUUAGUUUGACCUGCUACUGUUGCUGUAUCUUGUACUUCAGACUUUUGAUUCGGAGAGCCAAGUUUAGGAUUUGUGUUAAAUUGGGCAUGAUCUUCCACUGGAGUGAGGUUUUGUUGGUUAUCUUCUAGUUCAAUCAGUGGAUUCCCUCUAUAUUAUCUGAUGACUAAUGAUUAAAAAUGCUAGAUAUUUGGCCUGAUCACUUCUUCUGGUUGGGGGAAAGCUGAUUUACAUCAGUUUUCCUAAUGUUGGCAUCAUUAACUAUCAUAAUUCAGAGCUUUACCUCAAGUUAGAAUGUUAGUCACUUGAAUUCUAAGUGCUCCUGGACGGCACUAAUUGGAGCGAUAUGUUUUUCCAUAUGGUUCUUGAAUUAUGGAGAGGAUGAUAAUUUCACGAAAAUGGCUUGAGGUUUUCAAUAUGCCCCCCGAAGACCUCAUAAGUAGCUGUAUAAUGUAUGGACGCACAGAUGAACGGACUCGUAUCAUCAUUGACAUUAUCUUAUUCAAUGUCGACUAGUUGUUCAGAACAAAAUGACAUAGUUGACACUUUGUUGAGUUCGUGGUUCUAAAGUUGUUAUCAAGCUGGAUAUCUUACUCGAAUACUGAUUGAGUAGGAUGCAAAAAUAGAUUAAUGGUUGUGUACACCAUUCUCUUUUACCUCCUGUUGCGAUUCGCAAAUCGACCCUUAUCAAAAUAUCUAUUAGCAAAUUUUCACUGUGCCAAUCAUAUGAUGAUCUGAGAUAGGCUAGGUGGAGAGUUGGAGCCUAUCAUCAUUGCUGGUGUCCUACCACAAGCUUCCUCUCGACCGCGGAGCCUUCCUUAUUAUGAAAACACAUAUUUAGGAUUCUUAAUAUAGCAGGAAGUUUAGUUUUGGUUUUAUGGGAACAUGAAUGUGUUCUUUUGUUACUUUUCCAGUUUAUUGCGUGUUUCUUGUAAUGUUCUUAUUUUGUUCGAUCAUUAGUCUUCAAAUCAUGCAAAUUCCAUAGUUGUAUUACUCCAGAUAAUAAGCAAAUGAUUAAUGGAAGACAUCUCAAGUUAUAUAUGUAACUUCUGUUGAGUAUCCUGAUUUUUGGUUUUUCCCCUUUCGGUUUGUCUUUUACCAUCAAUGUCUCCAUUUUUUAAAUCAUUUUAGAGAGUGCUCAUGCUAUAUUCUCCAUUGCCAGGUAUUAUGUACACUUUUAUGCCAUCAUGUUCAAAUGCAUGCUUGUAGGAGAGAAGAUUCUUAAGCCUUGGAUUUUAAAGUCUCUAAUCAGCUAGAACUCCCGCAGAUGUUCAAACAUUUGUGUGGAUUUGUUCUUUAGAUAGUGAUUUAAAUAUUUGUUUAUUGCUGUAUUUUACAUUUGACAACAAUUAUCAUGGACAGAUAGAGAUUUCUGUUGAGCAUACAUUUAAUUCCAUUUGAAGUGCCAGUAACUAUUUUCUUGUAAUAACGUAGUACAUGUUUUUCUCUUCUAGGCUUGAAAGUGUGAUUUUUUCCUCUGUCUGAUACCUAGUCUGUGCCUCAACUUUUUCUCUCUGAUUUCUGAGUUACUGACACUAGAUCUUUUUUUUUUUUUUCAGCUGAGCAGACUGAACCAUUAUUCCUUGUUCUGGCCAGUAAAAGUAAAUAGGUCGCAGUGCUGUGAGAUACAUUUCCAUGGGGCACAGACAUUUAUUCAGCUCUUCCCAGAUAUUUGAGGAUGAGCAUGAUCAAGUAUGGAAUCAUGGCGACCAGCCUUAUAUGCAUUUGGGAAGGCCUAAUGCAGCUGAAAAUGCUAGUGGUGUUGGUUAUCCUUCAGAAAAUGUGAAUAAUGAAGAUGGAUCUUUUACGGCUCAAUGGAAUGCAGUUCCCUCCUCAACUGGAUAUACUGCCUCUGGAAUUAAUUUUGAUAUGCCACCACGUUAUCAACCUCUGCCCGCUGGUCCAUCUCGUGAUCCUUUUCCUCAUCCACCUGCAGUUGGAAGCAUAAAUAUAGCCCAAGACAGUUAUCCGCAUCAUGCUUCUUCAUCCAACCAGAGUGCACAAGCUUUUAAUGGGCCUGAUGGUGGUUUUUUUGAGCUCUCGAUGGGCACUGGUGGAGGGCUGCACAAGCGCAAAUAUCCAGGUGGUCCUGCAGUUAGUGAGAGGGGCAACACAAGCUGGCACUAUGAUGCUGGUAGUUCAUCUGAUCAUUCUAGUUCUGCAGAAGCGUGGUUGGAGAAGCAAAAUGCAGACUCUCAUCAUGCACCUGCGGAUUUCAUACCCCAUUACAGAGGCAACGGCCCUUUCAUUGGUAGUGAGGGUUCCUCUAGGAAUGUAAGAAUUAGAUCGGCCUUUGACCUGUCAAGUAAUCCUUCACAUCAUUCUUUUGCUAUCCAACACGUUGAUCAUCCCGGCACCGUCGAUUUGCUGGGCCAAAGUUCUGGUCCUUCCCCAAUGGAAUGGAGUCAUACUUACCCAUCUUCUGCCUCAAAUGGGAGAAAUAUGAUCUCAGAUGCGAGCUUUUUGAGUCAUGAAACGAAUCACUACAAUGUUCUAAAUCCUGUUGCCCCAUUUGAGAUUGGGGGAUACCACAAUGGUUUUCCUUCAAACAGAAAUCCCGUUUCUCAAACCUUGCAUAACACCUCUAGUCAUCAUUUAAGAGUGCGGAAUGGCUACAAUCACAGACCUGUACCACCAAUGAGGGCUUCUUCGAUCAACUUGCAUGGGGGAAACACGGUUGCUCCUGAUGAAGGGUUAGGCAUGGAAAGUUAUGCUCCCAGAAAUCCACGCACUUUUUCUACCAUGGGAACUCGUACAGGUGAUAGGAAUAGCCGGAGUAGGAUUUCUGGUGAUAGAUACAGAUCAAUGUCUGAUCAUGCAAGUUUUCGGGACCGUCCACCUCCUGAGGGUCUCGUGAUUAUGGACCGGACAGCUAUUUAUGGGUCAAGAAAUCUUUUUGACCACCACAGGGAAAUGAGACUUGACAUAGAUAAUAUGAGCUAUGAGGAACUUCUUGCUCUGGGAGAGAGGAUUGGAACUGUGAACACUGGGUUGUCCGAGGAUUUGCUUGUAAAGAGUCUGAUGGAGUCAAUAUAUUGCGCAGCAGAUCAGGAGCAGGAUGAUGCAAAAUGCGUUAUUUGCUUGGUGAAAAUCUCUAAAUAUAUUUUUAAUUCUGAAUGACUGGGAUAUGGGUGUUUUGCAUCUAUUGGUGAAUGAUGCAGGACUGAUUCAUUCUGGAACUCUAGCCCUCACUCAUUCUGAAUGUUGUGUUGACAGGAAGAGUACCAGAACAUGGAUGAAAUCGGGACUCUGAAAUCAUGCGCUCAUGAUUUCCACGUGGGAUGCAUCAAGAAAUGGUUGUCGAUGAAGAACUCGUGUCCAAUCUGCAAAACCUCAGCUUUGGAUGACAAGAUGAAGCAGGGAAAAUAAUUUAUAUUUUAACCUCUGUAAAUUGCCUCUAAGCUGUAUUGUAAAUAUGCAUUAAAAGUUUAGCUUGACUGGUUAAGAAUUUGACUUGGCUGUCAUAGGGAAAUUGUGAUGUAAUUUAUAGCCCGUUUCAGAUGUCAAUCUUAUUCCCUUCAAUUGCUAGUUUGCUUUACCUUCUUUUCUUGAGUUCCCCUGAAACAGUAAUUUUCAGAUCAGUGGAAACAAAGUUAAAUGAAGUUUAGACCAGUGUAUCUUCCAUCGGGUAACAAAAGCCCUAAAUAAAGAGAUUUCUAUUCCUUCUUGCAUAUUCC